AUGAUGCCUCAUAGUCGGAAGGGCCGGCAGGGCGAGUGUGAGGAUAACCCCCAGGACCAGAGAGAGGCGUCGCAGGGCGUGGUGAGUGAGUGCCCGGUCCCUGUGGCUGAGGAGAAGAAAGAUGGGAAGAAGGAGGAGGAAGAGGAUGAAGAGGAGAUGGCCAUUGACUCUUCUUCCAGUACUGCUAUGAUCCCAGCCACUCCAAGAUCAGUGCUUCCUACUGGAGUACCAAGUUGUCCCCAGAGUCCUCUGAGAGCCUCCUCUCCCCCCAUUGACUUGGUUUCUAUUACACAGAACCAAGUCAAUCAGGGCUCCAGGAGCCGUGUAGCGGAACGUCUGUUCCCCAGGGGUGGUCUGGUAGAUCCUGAAUCACUGUUGACAAAUUCAAUACCCUUAGUACUCUUCUUGCUUAGCAAGUAUGGAAUGAAAGUGGUGACCACCAAAGCAGAAAUGUUGGAUGUCAUCAAAAAUCACCAUAAUUACUUCUCUAUGAUCUUACGCAGAGCUGCUGACUGUCUGCAGUUGAUCUUUGGCAUUGAUGUAAAUGAGGUGGACCCCAUUAACCAUUCCUAUGUCCUUGUCACUUCCCUGGGGCUCACGUAUGAUGGGUUGCAGAGUGAUGUCCAGGGAUUGCCCAAGACAGGCCUUCUGAUUAUGAUCUUGUGUCUCAUCUUCAUGAAGGGCAACUGUAUCUCUGAAGAGGAAGUCUGGGACUCACUUAAUAAGAUGGGGGUGUGGUCUGACAGGGAGCACUACCUGUCUGGGAAUCCCAGGAAGUUAAUCACUGAAGAUUUUGUGCAGGAGCAGUACCUGGAGUACCGCCAGGUGCCCAACAGUGAUCCUGCUCGCUAUGAGUUCCUGUGGGGCCCCAGAGCCCACUUAGAAACCAGCAAGAUGAAAAUCCUGAAACACUGGGCCAAGUUCAGUGGGUGUGAUCCAAGCAGCUUCCCUGCCCUGUAUAAAGAAGCAUUGAGAGAGGAAGAAGAUGCUCUGUAA